UUCUACUGUUUUGUUGUUUUGUUGUUUUUAGUUUUACACGUUUUGCAUCGUGCUGGUUUUGCACGUGUUACUGCACACUUCGUCGUCUUUUGGUAAUGGUCAAGCCAAAACAAUCCAAAUUGUUAGGUUUUAGUUCCAAAACCUAUGAUCGCAACGUUACAUCGCCAAAAAAAAAUGUCCUUCCGCAGACAAGAAAAGUUCCCAAAGUCAGUAAAGAUUCGCUUGAAAAGGCCGAUUCGCUUUCACUACAUUCCUUGAAAUCGCAAGCCAGCUUGUCCACUCUAAGCGAAGGUACGGAAUCGGAAGAUUAUGACCCAUCUGGACCGGGAAGCGGUUGGAAUACCCCCAGCUCUGUUGUUUCUUCUCCGCGGCAAAAACUUAGUAAGACGUCGAGCGUGGCUGGCAAAAAAAGGGUUAGGCACUCACAGAUAUCGGUUAUUUCCGGACCCCAGAAAAAAGUUAGGCACUCACAGAUCUCGGUUACUUCCGCAUCCCAAAAGAAAAGCGACAUAAGACCUAAGCCUUCCAUAAUAUUUAAAUUAAAAAAACCGCCAUCAAACGAGAAAGAUCAGGCAAUCAAAUUGGCCAGUCCGCCCAAUUCUUCUACCAGUAGUUCUACGGAAAGUGAGGAUUAUGGGGAUGCAGAGGAACAACUCCUUGAUAACACUAAUAAAAGUGAAGACCGGAGGAUUGAAGAAAACUCUGAAUCUGCAUUUUAUCUCGACGAUGAUAACCAGAUGAGUCUAUCCACUGACUUGAACAUCAGAAUGCGCUUUGACCUACUCAAGAACCUCAUGGAGAUACCCUAUUUGGAGGAACUUAGUGCAAUCACGACCCCGAUCGAGGUGAAGGAACUGAGGGAGGAGGACCUUGUGGACCUCGGGAUCUUCCGGAAUCCUUUGGCUGGCGGCUCCUCCGGCACUAUACACCCACUAUCCGAUCCCGACUACGAAGAUAUUACCGAGGAGGCUUGGUCUCAAGAUGAUCCCGACGUGAUUAGCCUGGCCAUGAUCUCGACGUCGGGACUGGAAUCCGAUAACGACAGCUGUUGGUUGUCGCAAAGGAACCGGGUCAAGCUGAGUAUUAUACCGACUUUCACUGAAGAUCCAUUUGGGUCUUUCGAAAAUUCCCACGAGAAUUCGCUGGUGACUUUUCCCAUCCAAAAAGUUGUCCAAAGCUACCUGAACAGCAUUAUUGAUCUAGUCGCGGAGAGGUUUGGAAAUGCAGACUAUGAGCGGGCAGGAAGUCUGGACAAGAGUAAGCUCUUGGAUCGGCUGCUCGAGGAGGUCGACGAUAACUACUGGGAGAAGUACGAGAACGACUAUCUAAUCAAACGUCUCACCGAGUACCACCUGCGCCGCUCCAAGUAUUCCCUGAUCACGCCGAGCAAAAGUUCCACGGUGAAGGAGUCCACUCGACGGCGGUAUUUGAGCACCCUGAACGAGUUGGACCACUGGAUGCGACGGGAACGGGAGGCGGAGGAGCUGCACCUGGCGGAGAGGGAUCGACUGCUCCAGGAGUUGGAGGAGAAGCAAGCGGAGGACGUGGCGAAUGAAGAGCGGCUGGAGCAACUGAUCAGAAAAACCAUUCUUCGCCGUGCUCACCCAUCGGAUCGCCUUAAAUUCGUAACUGAGGCCACUCUACGACAAAUGAGAAAAAAGCGCAAUAAUUUGUCAGAAACACGUCUUGUUUUGAUCAUAAAGCAGCACAACAACUCCUACAUCGAAAUGAAAAUCGAUGAAACAGAGACCAUUUCUGAAGAACUUAAAUUGGAUACGUAUCUAUCCACUGAGACUGAUGUUCAGCAGUUAGCUAACACUAUACAUAGUAGAAACGAAGAACUCCAUCGAAUGUGUGCCCUGAUUAAGAAAAAAAUUCAUUCCAUUUCACAUCUGAAAUGUCGGAGAAAGUUGCUGAAUCGAAACUUUCUGAAUGCCAAAAAAGAGCUGAGAAUAAAACAGAAACAACAUUUUGCCUUGCGCGAUAAAAUAUUUGCUUGUAAUAUAAUGCGCAACAAAAUUCUCGCCAACAUCAAAGAACUUCGUUACAAAGGUGGUAUUAUGUACUAUCCAAAGUUGCUGGCUGAUUUUGAUCAAACGGAGAAAUUUAUCCUGAAGAAGCGUGAUCGUGUCAAGGAACUAAAAGCGCAACACGACAGUCUGCUUAGAAAAAUUAACAGAGUUGAGAAAAGCUCAGAGUCAAUUAAUCGAAUAUCUUAGUUAAGUGUAAGUGUGAGCAUAGUGAACGUGGGUAUUUUGUUCAAUACAAAUACCAUUACUAGACGGAUAUAUAUCAAUAAAUCUUAGAAGAAUA